CCGACUCCGCGCCCUUCUCUACCCCUGCCGACUCGCCCUCCAAGCCCUGGCCGGGCCCGGACUUCGGCAGCGUCGAGGGCCAGGACGCCGGCUACGGCGCCUACGCCGGCUACGCUGAUCUCGGCGCGGCGCCGCCACCGCACACGACGCCGCGCACGGCCCCCGAGGUGCCGGUGCUGGCGCUGGGGGUGGCAGCGCUGCCCAUCGAGUGCCGCGUGUGCGGGGACCGCGCCUCCGGCUUCCACUACGGGGUCCACGCCUGCGAGGGGUGCAAGGGAUUCUUCCGCCGCACGAUCCGCAUGAAGCUGGAGUACGAGAAGUGUGAGCAGCGCUGCAAGAUCCAGAAGAAGAGUCGGAACAAGUGCCAGCACUGCCGCUUCCAGAAGUGCCUCGGCGUGGGCAUGUCGCACGAGGCGAUCCGGUUCGGGAGGAUGCCCCAGGCAGAGAAGGAGCGGCUCAUCGCCGAGGUGUGCGCCAACGGGCUCGUGGGAGGGCCCAUCUCGGCCUCCGCCCUCCUGGCGGCUGCGGCGGGUGACCUGCGCUCGCUGGCGCGCGUCAUCCAGGAGGCCUACCUCCGUAUCUUCCCGCUCUCCAAGGCCCGGGCGCAGGCCAUCCUGGCCGGCAAGGCGGCUGGCAGUGCGGUGGUGAUCCACGACCACGACUCGCUCGCCCGGGCAGAGGACACUAUCCUGCACAAGCUGGGCUACGGCACCAUUCACGAGAGCAGCGGCGCCAUCGGCGUCAGCCUCGCCAGCGUCGCCACCGGCGGGGGCGGCUGUGGCGGCUGCGGCGGAGCCUGCGGCGGCGCCGGUGGCGCCACGGGGGACGACGGGGCGGCGUGCGAUGCGGCGGCGCGCGGCCGAGUGCUCGGCAACGACCGCAUCUUCAUCACCGUGGUGAGCGGCGGCGGCGUCGGCGGAGGAGGCUGCGGUGCCGACGCUCAGGCCGACCUGCUGCGGAAGGGCGCGCCGGAGAUCCGCAUCUUCAACCGCUGCCACUACCGCGUGGUGGAGUCCGUGCGGGAGGUCACCGAGUUCGCCAAAAGCAUCCCGGGCUUCAUGGCCCUCGACCUCAACGACCAGGUCACGCUGCUCAAGUACGGUGUGUACGAGGUGAUCUUCGCGAUGCUGGCUGCCCAGAUCAACAAGGACGGGCUGCUCAUGGCGUACGGCACGGCGUUCAUCACGCGCGAGUUCCUGCGCUCGCUGCGCACGCCCUUUUGCCACGUCCUCGAGCCCAAGUUUGUGUUCUCGGUGCGGUUCAACGCCCUGGCGCUGGACGACACCGACCUGGCUCUCUACGUCGCCGCCAUCAUCCUGUGCGGCGACCGACCCGGCCUCCUGGACGUGGGCCCCGUGGAGCGGAUGCAGGAGCGCGUGCUGCAGGCGCUCGACCUGCAGCUGCGGCGCAGCCACCCCGAGAGCUCGUUCCUCUUCCCCAAGCUGCUGCAGAAGCUCUCCGACCUGCGCCAGCUGGUGGCCGAGCACGCCCAGAUGGUGCACGACAUUCGGCGCACGGAGGCCGACACGGCGAUGCCACCCCUGCUGCAGGAGAUCUUCAAGGACAUGUACUGAGGCCCCCCCCACCCCGCCUUCUACCCCCCUCGACACACAACCCCCACCCCCGCUGCCCCUCGGUGGAAGGCUUUGACCUUCGGAAACUGGACUCUACGAAAGUAAACAACGGGUGGACGUCUACAGAGUGGCCCCCACCACCACCGGAGAGGGGGGUUGUGGGAGGUCCUCACCGCCCCCCCCACCACCACUGCGAUCCGAGAAGUCGCAAAUUCUGUUCGUGAGCCUGCGUUCGCCUCCAACGAAGAAUACGUUAUGAUGCUGCUAAUGGUGAUGCUGCUGCUGCUGCUAGUGGUGAUGACAAUGAUGCUGAUAAUGGUGAUGAUGCCGAUGAUAAUGGUGAUGCUGCUGAUAAUGAUGACAAUGGUGAUGGAGAUGAUAAUAACGAUAGUAUUGAUGCUGCUGACAAUGGUGAUAAUGCUGCUGACAAUGGUGAUGAUGGCAUCGGCGGUGGUGAUGAUGAGGGCAAUGUUUGAUGGUAAUGUUUUUAGAGUGGUGAUUGGUGAUGGACGUGGUAUUGAUGAUGAUGUUGCUUGCUGAUGAGAGGAUGAUGGGGAUGAUGAUGAUGUUGCUUGCUGAUGAGAGGAUGAUGAUGGGGAUGAUGAUGAUGUUGCUUGCUGAUGAGAGGAUGAUGAUGGGGAUGAUGAUGACAGGACGCGUGAUCUGACGCGAUGCCAUCUCCAGACACCUACGACCACAUCACCUGGAGUGCGCUGGAAGCGAGGAGAGGUUGUUUUAUGUUGCGCCUGGCCCGUGCUGCUGGCGCCACAAAGACAUUGUGUGUGGCGCUGCGCCAGGCGGCCUUCGUCGACUCGCGCAGUGUCUCCAUUUAAACCGACGCUCGUCCGUGUCACGUGGGGCACACACACACACGUGCACACACACACACACGUGCACACAUACACACACGUGCACACACACACGUGCACACGAUCUCGAUCUUAAUGCGAACCAGCAGCGCGCGUUUGCUGCGUCACGCCACGGCUUCGUUUGGCAAUCACCGGUGGCGUGCGGCGUCGGUAGGACGCCGUGGAUUGGGGGCGGAAGAGGAGGAACAGGAACCCCGCGACUCGUGGCCCAUCGGCCACAACCGAACGGCUUCCCCCUUUCACUUUCCUCCCUGCCCGGUGCCGCUUUAUGUUGGGGGCCGGGUGGGUCGGUGGGUUCAGCCGCCAGCGCCGUCAUGAAGGACGAGUAAACAUUGACCCCCCCCCCCCCACCGGCGUCGUGGUAAAAAUAAUCCGGGCAACGCGACAGACUGAAGAACGGCCAGUUCCAGGUGACAGCGGGGAGGGGGGGGGGUGACACGGGGGACAGUGGUUUGGCUACCAGGGGGGUGGGCGGAACUAUCGCCACAAAUGGAACUCUUCAGGGACACUGCCGGCUAUGGAUGUGAACGCGUCUCCUCUGUACCGCACGCAACCCCGGGGGGGGGGGGGCGGUGGACGUGGGGCGGGGUUGCCACUUCCGAGUUCACAAAAACCGGGACGUCUCGUGGGCAAGAGGAUAUCGUACACACGCGGAGGGGGGGGGGUUGGGGGUUAGAGGGGGGUAGGGGGUGUGGGGGGGGCUCGGCUCUCCCAGGAGGACGUCAGAGCUGCCUCUUCAAUAACGAGGUUGCCACCCCGGGACAGGUGGCAACCCGAAGCAGACAGUCCCUGCGUGCGUUCACCUCGCCACCUCCGCACGCCGAGAGAUUCGGGCGAAGGUUGCGGAUUCUGGGACUCUGGAGUCGAGAUUUAUCAUCUCAGGGAGGGAGGGGGGGUGAGAGUCUGCCUCGUUCGUGCCGUCUCGGUUGCGUCGUUUUGUCCGAUUGUUCGUGUCGUUUGUUCCGUCUGCGUUGGUGGUGUCGGUGUCGUUCCGUCUGCGUUGGUGGUGUCGGUGUCGUUCCGUCUGCGUUGGCGGUGUCGUUCCGUCUCGUGAUUCCCGAGCCGACUGUCCAGCAACUCUGUUCGUUGCGGGUGCCUCCGCGUGCCGGGUUAAAAGUAAUAAGAAGAAUCGACACUCGUUCGCGGGCGUGAACAUACUCUAUGCAACAUACCUGGAGCCAAAAACUAAUCAAUGUAAAUAAUCGAUAAUUAAUCGAUGAAUAAUCGUUACCCCCGUUUUCUCCGGAGUAUAAGACACGAUCCGGGAAGUAAGACACCACUCCAGAUGUCUUCCCGGUGUAAAUAAAGUUAACACCGUACACAGCUACCGGAGUAUAAGACGCACUCCCAAACUUUUGCUUUAACGUAGCGUG